AGAGCGGAAGAUGGCGGCGCGACGAGGCUGAGCAGUGAGAUCGAUCACCGAAACACUCGAUUGGACGGGAUCAGCUGAAGUCAGGGAAAGCUAGAAACUCGUCCAUUAUACAAGGAUACUGUGGCCUAAAGUGCAAUAGUCUGCUCCAUCCAUUAUGGACUUUCCUUGGCAUAGUGGGAAAGUCCUAGGGCAACUUAAUGAACAACGUCAGUUGGGUCUUCUUUGUGACUGCACUUUUGUGGUGGAUGGAGUUGACUUCAAGGCCCAUAAGGCUGUGCUGGCGGCAUGUAGUGCUUACUUCCGCACUCUCUUUUUGGACCAGAAAGAAGUUGUUCAUCUUGAUAUCAGCAAUGCAUCAGGUCUUGAGCAGGUCCUUGAGUUUAUGUACACCGCAAAGCUGACUUUGAACCCUCAGAACAUAGAGGACGUUCUUGUUGUAGCUACUUUCCUUCAAAUGCAGGAAAUUGUCAAUGCUUGUUCAGCUUUUCAGUCCUUGACUGUUCCUUCAUCAACCAAGCCUGUAGUAGUAACUGAGGAACAGCCGAGAUCUGUGAGGAAUCCGGAGGAUGCAAGUUCCAAGGAGGAGCAGGAGAGUCAUUCAGUGUCUCAGAAUGUGGUUCCUGAAGUGAAGGAAGCUCCCUCGCAGCCAGAAACAGCAGAAACCCAGGAGGCUGCGAGUAACAUGACUGAGAAACAAAGCACAAAGUCUCUGAGAGCUGUCAGCAAAAUUAGUAGGCCGUCUAAAACGAGGCUAAAAAAAGACACUGUCUUGGAUAGCAAGACAGAAACAGAAGAAGAGAAAGCCACAAAAGAGAUUCCACCAUACCAAGAUGACCCUUCUGACACAGACUACACUCCUAAACUCUCACAGAGGAUGGCGGCUAAACGGUCAUUUGUUAGUAGAAGGAGAAGCAAGUCGAAAUAUGCAACCGUUCACACGUCUACUCAAGUUGAUGAUGCAGAGGAAAGUGUGUCUAAAGCUGAGAGCAUGGAGAACGUGGUACAAGAAGAAGAUGGAGAGGAUGAAGGAGAGGAGGAGGAGGAGGAGGAGGAGGAGGAUGAGGAGCAGGAAGACGACGAAGAAGAGGAGAUGGACACAGAGGAUGGAGAAACGACGGGUUCGGAGGGGAAGCAGUCUGCUUCCGCAGCUGAGCGCAGUGAGUCCAGAGCAUAUGGCUCUGUCACACACAGAUGUGAGGACUGUGGGAAGAAGUUUACACACACAGGCAACUUUAAACGUCACAUGCGCAUUCACACUGGUGAGAAGCCAUUUAGUUGCAGAGACUGUGACAAAGCUUUCUCAGACCCAGCUGCCUGCAAAGCACAUGAGAAAACACACAGUCCUCUAAAGCCAUACUGCUGUUCCACGUGCGGAAAGAGUUAUCGGCAAAUCAGUCUGCUGAACCUACACAGGAAGCGUCACACGGAUGAGGCGCGGUACAGCUGUGAGGACUGUGGGAAGCUCUUCACCACUUCUGGAAACCUGAAGCGGCAUCAGUUGGUGCACAGUGGAGAAAAACCCUACCACUGUGACUACUGCGAACGGGCCUUUUCUGACCCCACUGCCAAGAUGAGACAUCUAGAGACCCACGACACUAAUAAAGGUCACAAAUGUCAGCACUGUGACAAGAAAUUCAACCAGUUGGGGAACCUGAAAGCACAUCUGAAGAUCCACAUUGCAGAUGGGCCACUUAAGUGUAAGGAGUGUGGGAAACAGUUCACCACCUCAGGCAACCUGAAGAGACACCUGCGUGUGCACAGUGGUGAAAAGCCUUUCGUCUGCAUGCACUGCCAGAGAGCCUUUGCCGACCCUGGGGCCUUGCAGAGACAUGUGCGCAUCCACACAGGGGAAAAGCCCUGUCUGUGUCUGAUUUGUGGAAAAGGCUUCACACAGGCCAGUUCACUCAUUGCCCAUGUUCGCCAACACACUGGGGAGAAACCAUACGUGUGUGACCGUUGUGGAAAAAGGUUUGUCCAGUCCAGCCAGCUGGCCAAUCACAUCCGUCAUCAUGAUAAUAUUCGACCACACAAGUGCCACACCUGUAACAAAGCAUUUGUCAAUGUGGGAGAUCUCUCAAAGCAUAUCAUCAUUCACACAGGGGAGAAACCUUUCCUGUGCGAUAAGUGUGGCCGAGGAUUCAACCGUGUGGACAAUCUGCGUUCCCAUGUGAAGACUGUGCACCAGGGGAAGGCGGGCAUGAAGAGACUGGUGGUGGCUGAGGAGGAUGACGACGAGGAGGAGGAGGAGGAGAAGCUGCUGUCUGACUCUGGCCCGGGCUCAGAGCUCGACAGUAAUGAAGUCAACAUCGUCACGGUUACUACAGAUGACAUUGUGACUUUGGCCACAGAGGCUCUGGCUGGCAGUGCCGUAGCACAGCUCACUGUGUUGCCAGUGGCAACCUCUGUGUCCGCAGAUGAAACUGAAGCACUGAAAGCAGAGAUCACAAAAGCAGUGGAGAAAGUCCAAGAAGCAGAUCCCAACACCCAGAUCUUGUAUGCAUGUGACUCAUGUGGUGAGAAGUUCCUGGAUGCCAGCUCUCUCGCCCAGCACGUGCGCAUUCACACUGCCCAGGCCCUGGUCAUGUUUCAGGCGGACUCUGACUUUUAUCAGCAGUAUGCUGGAGACAGCACAUGGCAAACAACUGAGCAGGUCAUCCAGGGAGGGGAGCUCUUGUUCCGGACACGGGAAGAGGAGAGUGAGGAAGGAGAAGUAGCUCUAGUCCAGCCUGAAUCUCAAACUGAGGGGGCAGAGGAGGAGACCGGUUCACAGGCAGAGACAGAGGAGGGGUCUGAAAACCAAGGAGAGUGAGGAGUUUCUGACCCGAUUCAACCCAAGGAGAGUUAAAAGGACAGAGAGAUUCACAUGGAGUUUUAGACUGUCACAAAGUGUAAUAUUUCUCACCAGAGGUAUGGUUAUUACUGAUUAACACACUAUAAUUAAACGCGCUCAAAUUUUAAAAAUUCUAGGUAGAUGUCAUAUCUCAAACCACAGCACUAUGUGUGCAGCGCUUAUUAAAACUACAAUGUAUAGAGUUAAGUUUAAAUAAAAAAGAUGACAAGAAAAAAAAUUAAUUUAAUAUGAAAACUUAAUUUGUAAUGCUGUCAAACCUUUUAAUACUGUUGUCUCCCUGUAUAUGUCCUCUGCCAGCUCAUGUAUUCACACUAUUGUAGACUGUUUUACUGAGGCCAAUUAAACAAUUGACUGUC